AUGAUAACCGGCAUCGAGACAGCAGGCCUCGUGCUGGCUAUUCUUCCGUUGAUUGUGAAUCAACUUGAUGCAUAUAUUCAAGGCAUCGAGACCUUGAAAGGCUUCAAAACCAAGCGAUAUCGCCGACGCAUCCAGGAUUACUCUACAAGGCUUGGGACGCAACGUGUGAUUUUACUCAACACGCUCGAACUUUCAUUGGAAGGCAUCGUCGAGUACGAAGAAGAUGUCGCCAAGCUUGUCGAGAAUCCUCGAGAGUCAUUAUGGGGGGAUUCCCUGUUCCAGAAAAAGCUGGCUCGCAAGCUCGGCCGUAGCCACGACGUUUUCAUCAGAACCAUGACAGAGCUGUCGGCUGCAACGGAGGAGUUGUCCACGAAACUUGGUUUUGAGGUCGGAGACCCCUUGAAGCUUGAACGGUAUGCAGACGUGUUGAUCAUCUAUGACCAGAUAUCGUGGGGUGACAGAUCGAUUGUCGACCGGGAGGUAAAGAAGCUCAAGGACAUCUUCUCAAAAUCCGUCUAUGAAGACUUACUCAAAGACAUCGAAAAGGCAAUACAGCGCUCAAGACUCUUGUCGAACAACCCCACAGCCUCCAAGAAAUCCGACGGAAGUAUCGAGUACCUUGGCUGUUGUCGAAACAUGAGGCGGCAAGAGAACACGCUAUUAGCCUUUACAACGCCCUUAGACGCUCACUGCGUACAACUUCGCAUUGAGCCGCGAGCACUAGACACCGGUGACGACGACGAGACAAAAAAGGCAGAACCGAAGCUGCGAAUAGCCUUUAGUUCAAGGGCUAUUGCAUCGAAACCUGUUCCAGAGUGGUAUUGGUAUGAAGUCGAGACGAUUCCGCAGUCGACGGACACGCCUCCCGCGGCAGCACAGCUAUUGCCUUCCCGUCCCACUCUUCCACGUACGGCCACGGCACCAAGAGUGCAUUUUGCGAUCCCCAUGCCGCCCUCGAACAGCGCACCAUGGUCCAACGUCCCAAACCUGCCAAUUUCGGACAUGUGCUCGACUCUCUCUCUCUGUAAAGCCAAGUCCGACGCACUCUUGAAGAACUGCAUUGGGCCCAUCUUGGACGAAGAUAAUCCGUCUCACCAAUACUCUCUCCACCUUGUCGAGAGACUCGAUGCCAGUAUGGAGACGCAGACUCUGGAGGACAUGUUAGUCUCUUCUCGGACCACUGUGGGAUCUCGCAUAGCCCGCGCAAGCUCGAUGCUAAGCAGACGAGAUCGCUUGUUUCUGGCAGCAGUUCUUGCCUCGGCCGUACUUCGAUUCCAUGGAACUUGGCUCAAAGCCGACUGGAGCAAUAGGGAUGUAUUAUUCCCCAAAGUUACGGACAACCGCGUGUCCAUACUCGAACAGCCUUACCUGUCUGGUCACGCGAUAACCACAUCUGCGACCACGAUACCAACGACGAGGACCUCAACGAGCACGCUCAUCGCCAAUCGAAUCCUCUUUCCGCUUGGAUUUGCAUUGACUGGACUUUCCCUUUGCGAGACUAUAUCUUCUCUCAGGAUCCCCAACGACGACGAUCGUAUCGAAGAGAAUAUGAACUUCAAAACCGCCUCCCGACUUCUUGAGGAUGUACAGCAGGAGUUUGGCGGCUCUUAUCGCGACGUUGUGACACAAUGUCUUCGUUGGUCAGGGACCAGGACAUCCGAGGUCGACGGAAAGUUUCAACAGCAGGUCUUCCAGAAUAUCGUGUCGCCGCUUUUUGAAGCUAUCAGGGUAUUUGAUGGGUAGUCUGAUGUUCAACUACUGCACGUUUGUUUCGACUUACAGCGAGAUAUACCAAGGGGUCCUAAUCAUCACGCAGUCGUUCAACAUUGUUGAAUUGGGAAUAGGUACGAUGCGAGAGAACGUAACAAGGCCGACGGACCGUCCUCGCCGUCAAGGCCGUUGCCGCCGCUCUCACGU